AUGGCGGAGCAGGAGAGCCUGGAGUUCGGCAAGGCGGACUUCGUGCUGAUGGACACUGUCUCCAUGCCCGAGUUUAUGGCCAACCUCCGACUCAGAUUUGAAAAAGGGCGUAUCUACACAUUCAUCGGAGAAGUGGUCGUUUCAGUGAAUCCAUACCGGUUACUGAACAUCUAUGGGAGGGAGACGAUUGAGCAGUAUAAGGGACGUGAGCUGUACGAGAGGCCGCCUCAUCUUUUUGCUGUCGCUGAUGCUGCCUACAAGGCCAUGAAGAGGCGGUCAAAAGACACUUGUAUUGUGAUAUCAGGUGAAAGUGGAGCAGGGAAAACUGAAGCCAGUAAAUACAUCAUGCAGUACAUCGCAGCCAUCACCAACCCCAGCCAGAGAGCCGAGAUCGAAAGAGUGAAGAAUAUGUUACUUAAGUCCAACUGUGUCUUGGAAGCUUUUGGAAAUGCCAAAACCAACCGUAAUGACAACUCAAGCAGAUUUGGAAAAUACAUGGAUAUCAACUUUGAUUUCAAGGGGGACCCUAUUGGUGGACAUAUCAAUAACUACUUAUUGGAGAAGUCUCGAGUGAUUGUGCAACAGCCAGGAGAAAGAAGCUUUCAUUCUUUCUAUCAGCUACUCCAGGGAGGUUCAGAGCAGAUACUGCGCUCUCUACAUCUGCAGAAAUCCCUGUCGGCCUACAACUAUAUCCAUGUAGGAGCUCAAUUAAAGUCUUCUAUCAAUGAUGCUGCAGAAUUCAAAGUCGUAGCCGAUGCCAUGAAAGUAAUCGGCUUCAAACCUGAGGAGAUUCAGACGGUGUAUAAAAUUUUGGCCACUAUUCUUCACUUGGGAAAUUUAAAAUUUGUGGUGGAUGGCGACACGCCCCUUAUUGAAAAUGGCAAGGUUGUGUCCAUCAUAGCAGAGUUGCUGUCCACCAAGACGGACAUGGUGGAGAAAGCCCUUCUCUUCCGGACUGUGGCGACAGGGCGCGACAUCAUCGACAAGCAGCACACGGAGCAGGAAGCUAGCUAUGGCAGGGACGCCUUCGCCAAGGCAAUGUAUGAGCGCCUCUUUUGUUGGAUCGUGACUCGCAUCAAUGAUAUUAUUGAGGUCAAGAACUAUGACACCACAGUCCAUGGGAAAAACACUGUCAUCGGCGUCUUGGAUAUCUAUGGCUUUGAGAUCUUUGACAACAACAGCUUUGAGCAAUUCUGCAUCAAUUACUGCAAUGAGAAACUGCAGCAGCUUUUUAUUCAGCUGGUUCUGAAGCAAGAGCAGGAGGAAUACCAGCGGGAAGGGAUCCCCUGGAAGCAUAUUGAUUACUUCAACAAUCAGAUCAUCGUGGACCUUGUGGAGCAGCAGCACAAAGGGAUCAUUGCAAUCCUCGAUGACGCCUGCAUGAACGUCGGCAAGGUCACCGACGAAAUGUUCCUCGAAGCACUUAACAGUAAAUUGGGCAAACACGGGCACUUUUCCAGCCGAAAGCUCUGUGCCUCAGACAAAAUCCUGGAGUUUGAUCGAGAUUUUCGAAUUCGACAUUAUGCAGGUGAUGUAGUCUAUUCUGUCAUUGGUUUUAUUGACAAAAAUAAAGACACUUUAUUUCAAGAUUUCAAGCGCCUCAUGUAUAACAGUUCAAAUCCUGUGCUGAAGAAUAUGUGGCCUGAAGGCAAACUGAGCAUUACCGAGGUGACCAAGAGACCUCUGACCGCCGCCACCUUAUUUAAGAAUUCUAUGAUUGCUUUAGUAGACAACCUUGCAUCAAAGGAACCUUAUUACGUACGUUGCAUCAAACCCAAUGACAAGAAAUCCCCACAGAUAUUUGAUGACGAACGCUGCCGGCAUCAAGUCGAGUAUCUUGGAUUGCUGGAAAACGUAAGGGUACGACGGGCAGGAUUUGCAUUCCGCCAGACGUAUGAGAAGUUUCUUCACAGGUAUAAGAUGAUCUCGGAAUUCACCUGGCCCAACCAUGACCUCCCUUCGGACAAAGAAGCUAUCAAGAAGUUGAUUGAACGAUGUGGUUUUCAGGAUGAUGUAGCUUAUGGAAGGACCAAAAUUUUCAUUCGCACACCCCGAACAUUGUUUACCUUGGAAGAACUCCGGGCCCAGAUGCUCGUAAGGAUUGUCCUCUUUCUGCAAAAGGUGUGGCGGGGCACCCUGGCCCGCAUGCGGUACAAGAGGACCAAGGCAGCUCUAACAAUUAUCAGAUACUACCGGCACUACAAAGUGAAGUCAUACAUCCGUGAGGUGGCCAGACGCUUCCACGGUGCCAAGACCAUGAAAGACUAUGGGAAGCACGUGAAGUGGCCAACCCCUCCUAAAGUUCUUCGCCGUUUCGAGGAGCUUCUGCAAACAAUUUUUAAUAGGUGGAGAGCAUCUCAGCUCAUCAAAAGCAUACCUGCAUCAGACCUGCCCCAGGUCAGGGCGAAGGUUGCAGCCAUGGAAAUGUUGAAGGGUCAAAGGGCUGACCUUGGGCUCCAGAGGGCCUGGGAGGGCAACUACCUUGCUUCAAAGCCAGAUACACCUCAGACCUCAGGCACUUUUGUCCCCGUUGCAAAUGAACUGAAACGGAAGGACAAAUACAUGAACGUCCUCUUUUCCUGUCAUGUUCGUAAGGUCAAUCGAUUCAGUAAGGUAGAAGACCGAGCAAUCUUUGUCACUGAUCGUCACCUGUAUAAAAUGGACCCCACCAAGCAGUACAAGGUGAUGAAGACUAUUCCUCUCUACAAUUUGACCGGUCUGAGUGUCUCCAACGGGAAGGACCAACUGGUCGUGUUCCACACCAAAGACAACAAAGACCUCGUGGUCUGCCUCUUCAGCAAACAGCCCACCCACGAGAACCGGAUUGGAGAGCUUGUUGGAGUCCUGGUGAAUCAUUUCAAGAGUGAGAAGCGCCACCUGCAAGUCAACGUCACCAACCCCGUGCAGUGCAGCCUCCACGGGAAGAAGUGCACUGUGUCUGUGGAGACACGGCUCAACCAGCCGCAGCCCGACUUCACCAAGAACCGCUCGGGCUUCAUCCUCAGCGUGCCCGGGAACUGACCCUCACCGGGGGCCUGCCACGUAGCCUCACAGGUCCUGGUCUAAUUGCUGACCCCUGCUACUGCCCGCUAGAAAUCAGCUCACAAGGCCCCUGCUCGGGGAGGGGGCCCUCGCUGCCUCCUCUCAGGCCCCUCCCCUGAGGUCUUCCUGGCUUUCUGUGCUUGGUCUCCAUCUUCCCCUGCCCCAACUGUCCACAGUCCCCAGUCAACAAACCAAAGACCCCCGAUGACCUGUCCCAGAGCCCUGACCACAUCUCACCUCAGAGGCAACUUGACGGAGCCUUUGGUGGGCGAAGGCCUCCCUGGACUGGCCAGGUCACAUCACUGUGCCUUGACCCAGUGACCAGCUGCUGACCCUGCAGGGUGGGGGAGGGGGCCAGGGCAGAGUUGUCCCAACCAAAGACGUGUUCCUCCAGGGAGGUGGGUGGAGAUGAGCUGGGAAGGUAGCCCUGCUCUCUCCAUGAGCCCAUCCUGCCACUCCUCAUCCCCCAAGUGACCUGGCGCAGGGAGCUUCUCAGCCCCUCAGUGGAUCUUGUUUCCCCAGCAGCCAGCCAAAGCCACCAGGUGAGCAGGUUCACCUGCGAGACCAGCCCCUCAGCCCAGGACCGCCCCGGGCUGCCUCUCUGGGAGAGGGCAGUGGGGCUGCUCCGAGGGGCAUCCCAGCCGUGCAGCCGGGCCUGCGGCCGUCUUACUCCCGCAGUUUGCAAGGUUGCUGAUCAGAUGCAGUGUCCCCUGUGUCCACGUUCAUGUCGGGAAACAAAUGAGAAAAUGGAGUUGCAGGGGGCGUGGGUCUGGGCGUCUCACUCGUGCGGAGAGCUACGAACGGGACGGGAGCACGCGGGAACCUUGGGACGCGGAGAGCCAGCCAACAGAGCGUGGGGUCCUGGCGCUGCAGGCCAGGCCAGGGUGCCCACCCCCCCACAGCCCCUGGCUGCCGGGCACACAGACUUCAUGCCAGGAGAGCCGCGCCGUCCUGCCAGUCUCUGCCCAGCACACGCCUUCAGAUGCCUUCCUGUGACCACCCUCCUCCCGUGUCUCGGCUGAAGGGGACACCGUGAACCUCUGGGCCGCCCGGGCCGCCCUGCCAGGAGCCUAGAAAGAAGAGGCGCCGGGCACCCUGUGUGUGGAGGGGCUGAGGGGAGCCUCGCCUCGGGAGGAGCCCAGCAGGGUGCGAAAGGGACACGCGAGGGUUUCUUCGCUUUCUGCCACGCGGACGCCCCUACUCCCCCUCCCCCCGCACGCUCUCGUCCUGUCACCCUGACCCCACAAAACACGCCGCAUGCCUGAGUGCAGCCUCCGUGCGGGGCCGGCCACCUCUCUGACCCCAGGUGGGCCCAGCGGUGGGGGGUCCUGUUUGCACCCGGCCCCUGCCUCCCAGGGCCGGCGAACGUGCGCGCUGUGUGCAGCUUGCAACGAGGAGCCCUGCUGGCGCCCUGUCCUUGGAAACCCGCUGGCUCUCAGUGCCGGGUCAGCCGCCCGCACGGCUGCCCGCACGGUGGCGCCGCCCACCCAGGCUGGUGACGCUCGCGGUUUUGCCAGUCACCUUGACACUAGGUGAACCAUCAUAACUGGAACCUUGCCUCUCCACUCCACAUUCCCCCCAACUUGUUGCUUCAUACUAGACACACGCACACAUAUGUUUUAGACACACCAAGAUGGAACAUGCCAAAUGAGUGCCUUCCGGGGGCUGGGGAGGAGGAGGAGGGUUUGGGGGUCCUUCCUCCCGCUUUUCAACAUUGCCUGUGGCCCCCAGCUGAGGGCCGUAGGGCCACCAGCUGUCACAAGCACGUCUUUGUGACGUCCUAAGAGAAGUCAGGGUGGCAACUGAAGGAGGGUCGGGGACCUGGGGCAAUCCCACGGCGACGCUGCCAGGGUACCGAGGGGAGACCAGGACACAGACUGUGUGCAAUGAAGUGUUUCUCUUGAUUUAAUUAAGUGCAGUUUAUGGUUUGGUGCAUAUAUUCCUAUUUUCCAUUAAAUUAACUAUUUCUAAAGCAUAUUUUGAUUUACCAUCAAGAGCAAUAAAGCAUUAAAUCUUA